AUGUACACGGACAAGAACUACACGUUCGGUUCCGUCGCAAACGGUGAUGUCCGCGGCAAUCACGGCGACCCUAUUCGCAAAGCCGCAGCGGAGGGCACCGUGCUUUUGAAGAAUGUCAACAACACUCUCCCACUGCAAUCACCGAAGCAAAUUGCUGUGUAUGGUAAUGGUGCAGGUGAUUCUACCAACGGCAUGUCCGUUUUUUACUUUAACGGAGUCAGAAACUACGAGUAUGGCGUGCUUCCAGCCGGUGGAGGCUCAGGCACCGGCCUGUUCAGCUACGUUGUCAGCCCUCUGGUAGCUAUCAAGCAGCGUGUCGAUUACAAAAAGACAUUGGUUCAAUACUUGUUGAACAACACUGCCACCAUUGAAGAUGACAGUGCAAAGUACUUGGAUGCUCUCGUCCCUUCACCGCCAGACGUCUGUCUAGUCUUUGUGAAGAGCUGGGCUACCGAAGCUGAAGACCGCACUACGCUGCUCCAUGACUGGCAUGGAGCUGAAGUUGUAGAGAAGGUUGCAUCCCGAUGUGCCAACACUGUGGUGGUCUCUCACACGGGUGGAAUAAACGCAAUGCCAUGGGCAAACCAUCCUAACGUCACAGCCAUUCUCGUCGCACAUCUCCCAGGUGAAGAGGCCGGUAACAGCAUUGUCGAUGUGCUUUGGGGCGACGUGAACCCGUCCGGUCAUCUACCUUAUACCAUCGCUAAGGAGGAAGCGGACUACGCUUUUGCAUCUCUUGUCAACUCCACGACUCUCGCAAACACGGAAGAUCCGACCGCCUGGCAGGAUAAUUUCAAAGACGGAGAUCUAAUUGAUUACCGCCACUUCGACUUUCACAACCAAUCCGUUCUUUACGAGUUCGGCUUCGGUCUCUCUUAUACCACAUUCUCGCUGGCAAGAAACAUGACCAUAACGCCUACUUUCCAGGACAGAUUAUCUGCCGAGUCUCCGUCCGCAAAGACUCUUCCCGGAGGUAACCCUCAUCUAUGGGACAGUCUGUACAGAAUCUCCACGACCGUGAAGAACACUGGUCACACGGCCGGCGCCGCAGUGCCACAGCUCUACCUGAACCUCCCCAAGUUGCCUUCCACGAACUCCCAAAUUCUGGCGGAGAAGGUGCUGCGUGGGCUCGACAAGAUUAACCUCAAGCCCGGAGAGUCUAGAACGGUCACGUUCGAUUUGACACGGAGGGACAUUAGUCGAUGGGAUGUCGUGAAGCAGAAGUGGGUCAUUCCGAAGGGCAAGGUCCAGGCUUGGGUGGGAUUCUCGAGCCGUGAUUUCCGUGCGGGCGGUUCAUUCACGCCAAUCCCAUAA